AUGGGUGGUCCAGCGGAUAUUAAUGGAAAAUCACAUCCGGAAACAGAUAAUUUCCUUCCAUGUAAAUUUGUUAUAGAUGGAAUAACAUAUUCAUCAGCGGAAAAUUAUUUUCAAUGUGCUAAAACAACAAAUGAUACUGAUCGAAAUAUGGUGUUAAAAUCGGGUCCAGGUGAAUCAGCUUGGGCAGCUGGACAACGAAUUCAAAUUCGUUCAGAUUGGGAAGCAAUUAGAGUUGACGAAAUGUAUAAUGGAAAUUUAGCUAAAUUUCAACAAAAUGAUGACUUACGAACUGCUUUAAUAAAUUCCGGUAAUGGUACAGUUCGUUUUACAGGUUCAACACCAUUUUGGAAUAAAUGGAAUGGUUUAAUAAUGGAAAGAAUUAGAGCAGAAUUACGUCAAAAUGGUCAAGAAGAUGCUCAUCGUGCUGCUGAAAUUCGUAUUGCUAUGAACGAGUUUGCUCAACAAAGCAAAUAA